AUGUCGAUAAGUGAAUAUCGACGGAACAACAAGGCCAAUGGAAGUCAGCCCUCCUCUUUGUUGGAAGGUAAGGGAUAAUGAAUUGUGUUGUAUAAACAACGUAUAUAUCUAUUUGUAUUUAAUUUCAGAAUGCCAGCAAUUUUCUCUUGAUGACGAACCCGAGACAGUUCAUGUUCAUGUUCCCUCUACCCACAACAGUGAUUCCAAAACCAAAUUAUUAUCGCAGUCAGAAGAAAAGAAGUCCAAUGGACAUUCUGUGAUGGACAAUCGAUGGUCCACUCAAUCCACAGAUCGGCGAACUCAUGAGAUAUCUCCUUUAACAGAUGAGAUUGACCUGGGGAGGGAUUCGGAUUCAGAUGAUCAAGAUCUCCUCCCUGUCAUCACUCAGUCCAACUCCAAGAAUAAGGACUCUAAAACCAAAUGGGCACGCCUUCUCAAAUGUUGCUCGCCUUACUGGGUACGGCCGCGAUGCAAUAUAAUGUAAAUGUGAUCCUCAACAACCUCCGAAUGAUCUCCCUUCAAACAAAUUGUAUCUCAGAAUUGUAUGAUCUCCAUUCUUUUGGACGAAACAAGUUUCUAG